GAGAAAAUGGAGAAUAGGCUAGAAGAGAAGUUUCUCGUGUCGAAGAGAGAAGGAGAUGGAGAGGAGAAGCUAGGGCAGAGGAUAUGGGCGGAGUCGAAAAAGCUCUGGAUCGUAGCGGCUCCCGCUAUUUUCACGAGAUUUUCGUUGUUCGGCAUAGCAGUUAUCAGCCAGGCGUUUAUCGGGCAUAUCGGCUCGACGGAGCUCGCGGCCUAUGCCCUCGUCUCCACCGUUCUCUUAAGGUUCGCCAACGGAAUUCUGCUGGGCAUGGCGAGCGCCCUCGAAACUCUCUGCGGUCAGGCGUACGGAGCCAAACAAUACCACAUGCUUGGCAUUUACCUCCAACGGUCAUGGAUCGUCCUCUUCACGGGCACCAUCUUGCUCCUCCCGAUCUUCAUCUUCACGGCUCCGAUUCUACGGCUACUGGGCCAGGCCGACGAGAUCGCAGCAAUGGCAGGGACCAUCUCCCUCUGGUUCAUCCCAGUCAUCUUCACCUUCAUCUUCUCAUUCACGCUCCAGAUGUACCUCCAGGCCCAGAGCAAGAACAUCAUCAUCGCUUAUUUCGCAGCCCUCACGCUGGUGAUCCACAUCCCUCUGUCAUGGUUCAUGGUAAUCAAGCUCAGGUGGAGCAUUGCAGGCGUCAUGGGGUCGAUGAUCAUGACGAAUUGCAUACCGAUCAUCGGUCAGGUGUUGUACGUCUUCUGCGGCGGGUGUAGGGACACGUGGAAGGGGUUCUCCAUGCUGGCCUUUAAGGAUCUGUGGCCCAUCGUUAAACUCUCUGUGUCCUCUGGUGCAAUGCUCUGCCUGGAGCUUUGGUAUAACACUGUAUUGGUUCUACUAACAGGGCAUAUGAAAGAUGCUGAAAUUGCUAUAGAUGCUCUCUCUAUCUGCCUCAACAUCAAUGGGUGGGAGAUGAUGAUAUCUCUUGGUUUCUUGGCGGCAGCAGGUGUGCGGGUGUCGAAUGAGCUUGGAAGAGGCAGUGCCAAAGCUGCAAAAUUUUCAGUCAUUGUCUCAGUGGCUACUUCACUCGCCAUUGGAUUGGUUCUCUUCGCAGUGUUCAUGAUCUUCCAUGGGAAAUUCUCUUAUAUGUUUACAGAGAGCCCAGAGGUUUCAGGAGCGGUUGCAUAUCUUUCUCCUUUGUUGGCCAUCUCCAUUCUGCUCAACAGCAUUCAACCUGUCCUCUCUGGGGUUGCCGUUGGUGCUGGUUGGCAGACUGUGGUCGCGUACGUGAAUCUCACAUGCUAUUAUUUGGUUGGGAUACCUAUCGGAGUUGUGCUCGGUUAUAUAAUUGGUUUUCAAGUCAAAGGGAUUUGGAUUGGAAUGUUGUUCGGCACGGUCGUUCAGACUCUUGUUCUGUCUUACCUUACGUGGAGAACCGACUGGGACAAUCAGGUAGCUCUGGCUCAAGCACAUGUAAACAAGUGGUUUGUGCCCUCAUCGAAGGAAACAGACGGCAGCCCGCCAACCCUAACCUGUGUACCAAAGGCAUAAUGAUUCUGAGAUGUGUGUCACGUUUGGAUGCACUAUUGAAUUAAAUUGCAAUCAAUUGGUUAAAUAAAGAGGCAAUUAGCAAUUGAGAGACUUUGGCACCCAAAUUGCAAUUACAUCCAUUUAAAGUUGGAUUACAAAGGAAUGCAAUUGUAGUUUGAGCACUUCUUCCUUAACGUGUUUUAGCAGAACAUCAUUACAUUUUGAUCACUUUUCCUCUCUAUUGAAAUCAAUCCAAUUCAAUGUUGCAUCCAAACGUGACCUCAUCAGUAUGACGGCCAAAUGAACAGUCAUGAAUUCAUGAGAGAGCUCUCAAGCGUAAUUGAAAAGGGCAGAUAUUUUCAUCUCUGGCAUUAGGGAAUGCCAAAAAAAAAAAGCAGCCCAUUUUUGCAAUUUAGUAAUGGUUUCUAGUCUGUUAGUUAUUUGAGAUGGAAUGGAUUCAAUGCAAGGUAUGAAAAUUCUUCCAUGUAACCUUUAGCUAAAGAACGAAGAGUAUUUUUUUCAUGAGAAGGUCAUGUAAGUUGAUUUUAAGACACAUUUUCUAAGAUGAUGUAGGUAUUCUAUUUGGAACCAAGAUUGCUAACAUUCAUUCCAUUCCAAUAAGCACCGAAUGGAUGGAUUGUUCUGAUCAUUGGACCAUUUCUA